UCCAUCCUGUCAUUUUACUCCACACUUCCUGCUGGCAGUUGGGGAAACUCUCUUCUACCAAUGCAGUUUUCUAAUCUGACAUGAAUUUAAUUAAUCUGGGACACUUUUCUUCCCCAAGAAUCUCUGUGGUACAAGCAGGCCUUUGAGGAGACUUGCUGUCACUUUUCUAUUUAUGGAUCAUAUUUGAAUACCUAAAGGUGAAUUUGUAGAAAACACUUUCAUCUAGGCUCCACUUGCAGAAAUUAGUGCUUGAGAGUGCCAUAAACUCCCAUUCAGGCAUUAACACUUGCUAGCACAAAUGCUGCUAAAGACUUUGGUCGCCCAGUUACUCAGGACUGCCUACCUGUACCUGCAGCAGCAAGAGUUUUAAGCCCGAACCCCCAAAUCAUGCCAGGAGCUAAGACAGCAUUGAUCCAUUGUAAAGAGACCCAGAUCUCUAGUAAGCAUUAAUAUGAGAUGACCUUUCCUGCAACUCCUGCCUCGUACCAGGGUUACGUGGGGUAGAGUGGCAAACUGAGUUUUAUACCUGCAUUGAUUUCACCUGCCUUUGCUGCAUUGUAUUAAUUGACUUUCCUCUGUGUGUAUGGUUUCUUCUGUAGUGAUCUGCAAGUUAGGGAAUUCAUACAUUAGGGAUUAUGUCUGGACCAUCAUGUGUAAUCCCCAAUUAGCAUAUUUAUUAUGAACUUGAUUAAUUCUAUAUACAUUUAAUUUAUCUGCCUCUAGCUUGUCUGUGAGAAGUCCGGUUGAGUUUGGUUUUUUAAAACAUAAUUUACAUACAACAAUGCCUCAGUGGAAAAAAAAAAGUUUUGCUUUGCUUUAAGAAUUACUGCCUAGUUAUUAAAUUGGAUAUUCUAAAUUCUGGAUUCUUGAAAAAAAAAAUUCUCCUUGUAUUGCUGUAUAUAGACCUGUUAUAUUCUUCUACAGAACGCUCCAUGCAGAGAAAAUUCUCCAUACAUCUGACAAAUAGAGGCAUUCAGAGUGUCACAUAUCAUACAUACCAUUAAAUGCAUGUUCUGUAACUAGAUUUUCAUAAAAGCACAGUAGCUGGGUCUCUGAGUAAGUCAGUGCACCAUGAUAGAGACUUACCCUCAUCUUGUUUGUGAAAUUCUUGAGCAAUGAUUGUGAGUAUUAUCUCAUACUGCCUUUUCUUUUCUGCAGAUAAGGCAGCAUAAAUUACAAGGAUAAAGAAAUUUGCAUGGACAUUUAGAUCCGUUCAAAAUGAUGUGUGCUGGGAAAAAAUCUUACUUUGCUGCUGCUGUGUGCAUUAUGACUGUAACUUCAAUGCUUGCAGUUUCUUAUCUGAAGUUACAGAGACCUUCUCAUCAGCCAAAAGUAAUUCAAGAAGGUAGAAGAUGUAGAGGGAAAAUUGCCAUUAGCACAAUAACAGCAUUAGAAGGUAACAAAACUUUUAUUAUAUCCCCAUACUUUGAUGACAGAGAAAGCAAAGUCACUCGUCUGAUUGGGAUAGUUCACCAUGAAGAUGUAAAACAACUGUACUGCUGGUUCUGCUGUCAGGCCAAUGGACAGAUAUAUGUAUCAAAAGCAAAAAUUGAUGUUCACUCAGAUAGAUUUGGAUUCCCUUAUGGUGCAACAGAUAUAGUUUGUUUGGAACCUAAAAAUUGUGAUCCAACACAUGUAUCAAUUCAUCAGUCUCCAUAUGGAAAUAUUGACCAUCUGCCGAGGUUUGAAAUUAAAAAUCGCAAGCCUGAGACCUCUUCUGUUGACUUCACCGUGUGCAUUUCUGCCAUGUUUGGUAACUACAACAAUGUCUUGCAGUUUAUACAGAGUAUGGAAAUGUAUAAGAUUCUUGGAGUACAGAAAGUGGUGAUCUAUAAGAACAACUGCAGCCAUCUGAUGGAGAAAGUCUUGAAGUUUUAUGUAGAAGAAGGAACUGUUGAGGUAAUUCCCUGGCCAAUAAACUCACACCUCAGGGUUUCUUCUUCAUGGCGCUUCAUGCAAGACGGGACACACAUUGGCUACUAUGGACAAAUCACAGCUCUAAAUGACUGUAUAUACCGUAACAUGGAAAGGAGCAAGUUUGUGGUCCUUAAUGAUGCUGAUGAAAUAAUUCUUCCCCUUAAACACCCAGACUGGAAAACAAUGAUGAACAGUCUUCAGGAAGAAAACCCAGGGGCUAGUGUUUUCCUCUUUGAGAACCAUAUCUUCCCAGAAGCCGUAUCUUCUCACACGUUCAACAUUUCAUCUUGGAAUACUGUGCCGGGAGUUAACAUAUUACAGCAUGUAUACAGAGAGCCUGACAGGAAAAAUGUAAUGAAUCCCAGGAAAAUGAUAGUUGAUCCACGAAAGGUGAUCCAGACUUCAGUCCAUUCUGUCCUACGUGCUUAUGGGAAGAGUGUGUAUGUUCCCAUGGAUGUUGCCCUCAUUUAUCACUGUCGGAAGGGCCUUCAGGGAAACCUUCCCAGAGAAUCUCUCAUCAGGGAUACAACACUGUGGAGAUAUAACUCAUCAUUAAUCAUGAAUGUUAACAAGGUUCUAUCUGAAACCAUGCUGCAAACUCAAAAUUGAAACCUCAGUUAUAAGAAGUGAAAGUGGAGGGCUACCUGUAUUGUGGGAAGACAGAGGAUAUAAUUUAAAAAUCACAUUACAUUGAUUUUCACAUGGAGUCUACAUUUUUCUGCAAUGAUUUAGGGAAUAUAUAGCAAAGCCAUGAAUCGCUUAAUGAUGAUACCAAGGGUCAAUGCAGAUUGUAGCAUCUCUUCUGGGAAAUGUAUAAUUUGUUUUCAGUUAAUAAUAAAAAUCAGUAUUUGUCAACUGAUUCAAAUAAUGCAAAAUAGUUUUCAACCUAUGUACAAAAAGUUCAAAUACAAUCAUUAGUAUAAAGGUAGCAUUGCUUAAUUAUUGCAGUUUGUAUGUCACUGGGUACUAAAUUUGUAUGGAUCAAUUUGAAUUAAAGGUAGACGAGUAAUUGAGUACAAUCUU